UAUGAACGCAUUUUCACAUUCAGAUUCAUCUCUGCGUUUUGGCCAUACCUUUCUCUCUCCCUCUCUUCCCUGUCAGUUUUUUUCCGCCGUAAUUACGACUCAAUUUCCACAUUUCGUUUUCCGUCCAACAGCGCACGAUUCGGAUUCUCCGAUUCUAAGGAACUGUAGAAGCAAUUGGGGUUCGAUUUUCCUUAGCGGAGCUCAUAAAUCUCCGAUCCGCGGCGGAUCGACGGAGAGGGAGAAGAAGAGAGGUGGAUUGAUGAUGUGGUGUAGAACGAUUGUGCUUCGUCGGAAGAGGAAGACCGGCGCCGUGCCGGUGUACCUGAAUGUGUAUGAUCUCACUCCGAUCAAUGGCUACGCUUACUGGUUCGGUCUCGGCGUCUAUCACUCCGGCGUCCAAGUUCAUGGGGUUGAAUAUGGGUUCGGCGCGCAUGAGCAUUCCACCAGUGGAAUAUUUGAAGUCGAACCUAAGCAGUGCCCGGGAUUCACAUUCAGAAAAUCAAUACUUAUCGGGCGAACCGAUUUGGGCCCGAAAGAAGUCCGCACAUUCAUGGAGAAACUUGCCGAGGAGUAUGGUGGCAGCUCAUACAAUCUCAUUACGAAGAACUGCAACCAUUUCUGCAAUGAUGUAUGCACCAGAUUGACAGGGAAACAAAUUCCUAGAUGGGUUAAUCGCCUUGCUCGUUUAGGUUUUCUUUGCAAUUGCGUCCUCCCAGCGGGCCUGAACGAGACCAAAGUUCGGCAAAUAAAGGCCGACGAAAGAGUUGUUGACAAGAAGAAGUUAAGAAGCCAUUCAAGUAGGUUUGUAAGUACUUCUGCCAAUACAAGCAACGCCACGCCUCAUCCUACAAGGUCAGCUACAAGUAGUAGUAGUAGUAGUAGAAGACAGAGAACCCGAAAAUCUCCGUCCAUCUCUUUGAUUCGUUCUGCUUCUGCCUCUCCCUCUCCCUCUACUAUCAAGCUUUAGUCACCUCUUUCGCUCUUUGGACUUUAUGGGGUUGGAUGUCUAUGCAACAACAAAUCCAAUAGGGCGGAGAGGGAGUGUGCACGCAAUCCUUACCCUAUGAGGUGGAUGCCUGUGUGUG